CUUUGGAGAUAUGUUGUCCUUUACACUGACUGCAUUUGUUGAGCUGAUGGAUCAUGGGAUUGUAUCGUGGGAUACAUUCUCUGUGGCAUUCAUUAAAAAGAUAGCGAGCUACGUGAACAAAUUUGCCUCUGACAUCUCUAUAUUGCAACGGUCACUGGCCAUCCUGGAGUCCAUGGUGCUCAAUAGCCACGACCUGUACCAGAAGGUGGCCCAGGAGAUCACAAUUGGGCAGCUGAUCCCACAUCUGCAGGGGACAGACCAAGAAAUCCAAACUUAUACCAUUGCUGUAAUAAAUGCACUUUUCCUUAAAGCACCAGAUGACAAGAGGCAGGAAAUGGCAAACAUUUUGGCACAAAAGCAGCUUCGCUCCAUCAUCUUAACUCAUGUUAUCAGGGCACAGAGGGCCAUCAAUAACGAAAUGGCACACCAGCUUUACGUGCUGCAAGUGCUCACCUUUAACCUGCUGGAAGACAGGAUGAUGACAAAAAUGGAUCCCCAGGAUCAGGCUCAACGGGAUAUCAUAUUUGAGCUCAGAAGAAUUGCCUUUGAUGCAGAGUCUGAGCCCAACAACAGCAGUGGCAGCAUUGAGAAGCGCAAGUCCAUGUACACCCGAGACUACAAAAAGCUGGGGUUCAUUAAUCAUGUGAACCCAGCAAUGGAUUUUACACAGACUCCUCCAGGAAUGCUGGCCCUUGACAACAUGCUGUACUUUGCUAAACAUCACCAGGAUGCUUAUAUAAGGAUUGUCCUGGAGAACAGCAGUCGAGAAGACAAGCAUGAGUGUCCCUUUGGCCGUAGUAGCAUUGAGCUGACAAAGAUGCUGUGUGAAAUACUGAAAGUAGGAGAGCUACCCAGUGAGACCUGCAACGAUUUCCACCCCAUGUUCUUCACCCAUGACAGAUCCUUUGAGGAGUUCUUCUGCAUCUGCAUUCAGCUCUUGAACAAGACGUGGAAGGAAAUGAGGGCAACUUCAGAGGACUUCAACAAG